GCUAGCUGAACAUAGAUAAUUGAGUAAUUAAUUCUCUCUUUUGUUUUAUUGCUGUGUUGAACUGUUAAUAAUAUAUCCAUCAGAUUUACGUUCUGCUUUGCGUUUUGCUAUCAAAUGUAUUCUUAAUUGUUUAGAAGAUAGCUUAUCUAAGUUUCUGUAUAAGGUAGAAGCCAAAAGCAAACGCAAUGGCGGUGUUAGCUGCAGCUCAGUUGCUAGAUGAGUUGAUGGGCAGACAUCGGAACACCAAUCCAAAUGAGAAAAUAAAGAAACCUAAUUGGGAAGACCAGGAGUACUGCAAAUAUUACGUGGUGAAAUUCUGUCCCCAUGACCUCUUUGUGAACACGAGAGCCGACCUGGGCGUGUGCCCCAAGGUCCAUGACGAUGAGGUCAAAGACCUUUUUGAGAAGGCAGAGCCAUCGUAUAAGAAGUCGCAAUAUGUGGAGGAGUUUCUACGGUUUUGCCGGCACAUGAUAAAUGAUGUUGAAAGGAAAAUCCAAAAGGGCAAGCAAAGAUUGGAGUUGAUGAACUCUAAACCUGAAGGUCCACCAAUGACCCAGGCGCAAACUGAGAAAAAUCAAGAACAGGUCCAACUCCUCUCUGAGAAGGUACAGGCGUUGGUCCAAGAAGCUGAGGAGGCGGGUACGAGAGGCGAUGUAGAACAAGCCCAGGGCCUUAUGAAGCUGUGUGACCGGCUCAAAGAAGAGAAGGACACCUUACUGAAACAACAGGAAAACAGCCAUUGGUCCAUGACCGCGGAGCUGGCUGCCGCCCAAGAGAAGCAGAUGGAGGUGUGCCCGGUGUGCGGCGCCUUCCUCAUCGUUGGUGACGCUCAGCAGCGUAUCGAUGACCACCUCUCCGGGAAGCAGCAUGUUGGCUACUUCAAACUCCGUCAAGCCUACGAAGAAAUGAUGGAGUCUCGUGAAAAGGAACUGCAAGAGAAAGAGAAGAAGCGUCGCGAAGAGCGAGACAGAGAGCGCAGCGCCCGCGGCGGCGGGCUCGGCUCCGACCGGCGAGACAGGGAACGGAUGGAAAGAGACAAAGAACGAGAUCGCGGAGACAGGGAUAAGGAGCGGGACAAGAAGGAUGAUAAGAGCGACAGGGACAAGGAGAGGGAUAAGGACAGGGAGCGUCAUCGGUCGAGCCGUGAAGAGAAGAGCAGCCGCCACGACGAGCGCGACCGCGAGCGGGACCGCGACCGUGACCGCAGAUCGCGCAGGGAGAGAAGGUCGUCCCACGAUCGCCCGCGUCGCCGCUCCCGCGAUCGCCACUAGCUACUGACUGAGGUAUCACAAAUAGCGCCUCACACCGUUGGCACCCCGUAGACGAAGACUGGACCCCGGACCACAAAAAGAGGUACUUUUGAAUUAAGCCAUCUAACCACUGAAGACAGAAGGCCGCAAGCAUAAUACACAAGUCCACAAUACUCCCGCGUUCCGAGGUGACAUAGAAUUACCCGUAGUUUUAAGGUACUUUGAUUGUUGGUUAGAUUUCAAAAAAAUUACUAAAUAGUUAUAAUAAUAAUAUAAUAGUUAAUUUAAUAUGGCAAUUUUAAACUGCGUAUAAGAUUGUAAGCAAGCUUUUAUAUUACCGAUACAAUUUGUAUUUUAUUUUAUGUCAUAGUCAGUCUUGUGAAAUAAAUUACCUGCACUGGUAAUCAUUUAGGUCUGAGUAACUACAAAAUGCAGCGUGCAAUUCUCCAGAAACUCCUGUCUCGCACAGCUAAACUGUAGAAUGAACUGUCGCCCGCGGUAGUUCUGGACAGAUACGACCCUCAAACCUUCAAACAAAGAGCGUAUUCCCAUCUUAAAGUCCGGCAAAGCACUUGCUUGGCCUUGGUGUUGCGGGUGUCCAUGUGCGACGGUAAUUGCUUACCAUCAGACGACUCGUUUGCUCGUUUGCCUCCAAUAUCAUAAAAAACCAGACAAGUGCGAGUCGGACUCGCCCACCGAGGGUUCCGUACUUUUUAGUAUUUGUAUAGCUUUUUAGUAUAGCGGCAACAGAAAUACAUCGUCUGUGAAAAUUUUAAAUGUCUAUCACGGUUCAUGAGAUACAGCCUGGUGACAGACAGACGGACGGACAGCGGAGUCUUAGUGAUAGGGUCCCGUUUUUACCCUUUGGGUACGGAACCCUAAAAACAACUGUAAAUUUCAAUGCUGACGGGAGUUAUUUUUAGUAGAUUUUUUUGUAAUCUAAUUACCAAUCAGAGUUUAAUUAAUAGUUUAGGUGUUAUUCAAGACGGUUUACGCCAAGUAGCGUCCUGCCUAGGACCUGUUAUUUUUACGCUUAGAGAAUAAAUGUAAAGUGUAGACUUCUGUUUCCUAGGAAGCUCUGUAAUGUUAAAUAUACCAGUUGCCACUGAGGAGUGAUUCAGGUAUUUAUGCAAUUAUUAUUUUUUCGUCAUAAUGAUGUUUUUGUGAUCGAAUUUUGUUGGACGACUUGAAUGUGUGAACUAUGAAUUAUUUCGAAGGAAUAAAAAAUAUAACCA